ACAGACAGACAGACAGACAGACAGGCAGACAGAUGUCGAAUUUCAUUGCCCGACUUUCUAGACGAGAGCGGCGUUUAAUAAGCUCUUGAAGCGCACUCCUUCCACGUGCGGUUGGGUCGCUCGCCCAAUCAGAAUGACGGGAACAGUCCCGGAUCGUUCCGCGCCAAAAGCUUCCCAGGCUACCUGAGCUUGUGUGUCCAAUCCUGCUGCUAAAUAACAGCUGUGGCGUCGUUGCCCCAGGCGCUGGUUGGACGAGACCCUCAGAUAAACGGCAAGGUGGAUCCAUCUGGACUGCUUCAAUACAUGACCAGGGUGGGGAGGGAACAGCAGCGACGUACGAUGGAGGGAAUGCACCGUCCAGCCCAGCCGGGGCACGCAGCAGCCGCGGCUGCACAGCAGUCGACCCAACUGUCAGCAACCUACAAGAGCUGCAUGUUGUGUGCCAGAAGGAAGCGUGCCUGCGAUAGCCGGAAACCUCGAUGCAGCUAUUGCAUCGAGAAGAAGCGGCCAUACUGUUUCUACCGGCUCAAAUCCGCGACGAAACCGGGAGCAGAAGGUCCACCCUCCCUAUCUUCCACCUUCUCCGCUUCCUGGGGCGGUGUCAACACGGCCAUGCGACCGGCCAACCCUCCCAGGGUUGCCUCGCAUGGCGGUGUGGAGGUGCUAGCGACCGCUGCCGACAUCUGGAGCAUGCCGACGGUGCCAGAAUAUCCGUCUAUCAAGAGGUGCAGGCUGAGGGCGUCACCUGCUACGGGCCUUGUGGGCAUGAAGGAGAGUGGCUUCCUGUGCGACUUCUUCGGGUGCUUCGGCAUCCUUCCCCUCACGACCGAGAGCACUGUUCGCAACGCGAUGGUGGAGAUCAUGAUGGGAGCGGAACUGCCGCGGAAGAGGUACAACGAGGAGCACUUGGGCGUCCGGACUCGCUGGGCCGAGGACGAGGGUGAGGGCGAGGAGAAGGGGUGUAGCGGGGACCGGACGGUGGUUCGUCGUGGUACGCAACCGGACCAUGCGGCCAUGUGCAUGAUGUGGUGCGCCAUCGCGCUGGGGGCGCUCAUGAGGGGCGUUCCGGUAGAGCAUGUGGAGAUGUACGUCAACUUGGCGCGGGAGUCUCUGGCUGAGUGCUUUGACGGGAGAAGCAUCGAACACGCCAGGUGA